GUUCAUCAGAAAUUCUCAGGUAGAGAGCUGGAAGCAAGGGAAACCUGUAAGUUCAGGUGAGCCAUGCACUGAUUAUCACUCUUCAGCCUUGCCCACACCAGGAAGAGAAUAAUUUAACCACUAGAUGUUUUCCAAUCUGUCAAGUUUCGAGAUGCACCAAGUACUUCUGGGAAACACUGCUGACUCUUCAAACUAAGGAGAAGGUGACUUACUGCCUAGCUUUAAACUUCAGAUUUACCAUCAAAAGAACUGCUUGAAGAAAACUGACUUAUGACAACUAUUUAUGGAGUGAGAGUUUAUUAGUCCCUGGAGAGAUAUAUCUGAACCUGCACUGUGUCUUGGUCAGCACUGAACGUUGGGAGAACUCCUGGUGAUCCAAUGAGGCAUCAAUCAAGGAUGCACCAAGGUCGUCUACGACUUCGCCCAUGGCUAGAGGAGCAGAUUCAUUCCGGAAAGUACCCUGGAGUUGUUUGGCUUGAUGAGACUGCCAGGGUUUUCCAGAUUCCAUGGAAACAUGCUGCUCGACAUGGUUGGAAUAUAGACAAGGACGCCACUCUGUUUCGAAACUGGGCAAUUCACACUGGCAGGCACAAACCUGGCAUAGACAAGCCAGACCCCAAGACAUGGAAAGCGAAUUUCCGCUGCGCUCUCAAUUCUCUGCCAGAUGUGAGGGAGCUGCAUGACAAGAGCAUGAAGAAGGGGACCAACGCCUACAGGGUCUAUGUGAUGCUACCAAGUGCCAAGAGCCAGAGGAGAAGGAAAGGUCUGCAGCAGCCUGAUGUUGACAUCAAGAGCCGACUUCCCUGUCUGUCACCAGUCACAAAUGCUCCACUGGAGAGAUUCACAGAGGCUUUCUGUAAGUACAGAAAAGAUGAGCCUGACCCCAUAUCCAACAUCUUCUGCAGAAGAGAUCAUUUUCCCACGUUCAAUCCCAUAAAGGAAGAGGACAGGUCCAAAGAUGACUUCCAUUCCCUGACACAUUUCAACACUGAAGCACAUGAUGGCCAGUUUGUUUCCAGUGAUGACCAGGAGCAGGCAGAGGCUGUCUUGAAGAUAGUUGAUCAUCUCAAAAGUGUGGACCACUGGAACCCCGCCAGUGAGUUUGACAGAAGCUGGAGGCCAGCAAGCUCAACGUGGAUGGACUUCGGUGACACCAUGGACAGUCCAGGAUGCCCCUUACAAAGGGACGGCCAAUUCAACACCAUCAUUCAAGGACAACUUUUAUAGGUGCAAGAGUGAAGACAAAUUAUGGAUAGAAUAUUUACUUUUUUAAAUACAUUUUAUACAUAUUUUAUUGAUAAUUUGUUAUAAUGUGAAUGAAGCCAACAAGUUUAACCUUCAAUGGCUGCCUGUAGAAAGUACCUAUUUAGCUUGUACCAACACUGUUUGCCUUCCUAAAUAAACUCAGUUUUGCCUGUUA